GUAUCCACGAACGGUCUCCAAGCGGACUACGACGCCAGCAGCGGUGCGCGGCCAGUCGUCGAUACCCGUGUGUCUGACGAGCACAUAUCAUUACGACGACGACGACGGCGAUGUGCUGCCGUUCGGAUCGUGUUUAUUUAUUUCUGGUAACACCACCUCAGAUCUGUAUUAAUUUUAUUCUAGAAGUUUAUGAUCAACAACAUAAUCUAACAAUAUGAAUAUUGAUAGUGUUCAAAUAGAAUUGGACAACAUGAAUAUUGAUUGUGUAAAUACAAAAUCAGACAAUAUGAAUAUUGAUUACACAAUUACCAAAUCAGACAAUAUGAAUAUUGAUUGUACGAGAACUGAAUCAGACAAUAUGAAUAUUGAUGGUAAAAGAACAGAAAGCAUAUCAUCCAGUAUUUCAGAGGAAUCACCUGAACCUUAUGAUAUUUUUAGACAACUUCCACUUGAAGUCAUCACUAAAAUUGUCCGACAAUUGAGUUUCAAUGAUGUUAUAAGCUUAAAAUCUGUUAGUAAGGCUUGGAGAUGUUUAUAUAUAAACCAAAAUGAGAUUUGGGCGAAUAUAUGUGAUGAUUUAAAUAUACGAGUCAUUGAUUAUAGCCGGUGUCUGAAUGACAGGUCAAGACAUGAUUCAGAAUGCAAAGGAUAUGCUGAAGCAGCUUCAGAAAAAUUAUUUGGGCCUUUAUGUGACUAUUGGCUAACAUUUAAUCAUUAUAUAAUGAUAAUAAGGAACAUAAAAAACAACGAUUUUCCAAUCAUUAAUAUACCUCGUUGUCCGCGUGAUGAAUAUUCAUAUUGUACUGAUGAUUAUAUAGUCAAUAUAAAUGCCUACAACAAACAACCAAUUCAAGUAAUUGUUUUAAGUGGAGCAAGUAAACCUAUCGUAAAAAAAUAUUUGAAAAUAUUUGAUCAGUUAAAAAAAUUAAUUCGAUUAAGAAAAUACCCUCUCAAAGUAAUUGGUAACAAAAGAUACUUGGUAUUAGAAAUUUGUUCAGUUAUAUUUGUAUAUUCAAUUGUGAGAACUGAAUUUACCCAAAGCUUUUUUAAAGUGAUACGGAAAAAUGUUGAAUUUGGCUUGAAUCAAGAAGAUUUUGACUCAAAGUUCUUAAAUGAACAUCGUGAGACAAAAUUUGAUUUAUAUGAUCAUAAGCUAGCAAUGGUACACCCUUCUACUGGUACAUUAUUUAUAACUGAUUUGAGGACAGGAAAAACAUAUAAAGAACUGAAAUUUAGUUCAAAAAGAUGCAUUGUUAAUAGCAUGAAAUGCUCAGAUUAUAGAAUCAUGAUUGGAAUCACAAUAAUGAAAAAAAAAGGAAUAGAAGAAUAUUUGGCAAUUGUUUAUCACAUGAAAGGAUGUUCACAAGACAAUAGAUUAAAGAUACCCUUAUUAAAACCUGUGUCUCAGUUCAAAGUGACCAAUAAUUGUAUUGGUGUAGAAAACAAAGGUACUGCAACUCCAUUUAUCACAAAGAUAGAUUCAUACUUAAAAGUAUUUUGGCUUGAAUGUGAAACAUUUUCAUUUGACUGCACUAGAAAGUAUAUUUAUUAUACUGUUAAUCAAAGUAUAUUUCAGUAUGACCUUUUAAAGUCCAUGCUAUCCAAAUUUGAAGUGGUACAAAAAAUAGCUAUUAAUGCAAUAUCAAAUCUUUUACCUCUAACACCUAUAAAUGAUAGGUAUUUAUUAGUUCGAUCGACUUUUUCAAAUUCGUAUGACAUAUUUGAUGUCAAAGAACAUAUUCCUGUUAGGUCUAUACAAUUAACUGCAGGGUAUUCAUUAGUUCAUGUGGGUAAACUAUCUAUAGUGUUCUCUAAUUCCAAAGAAUUUAUGGUUAUCGCAUUUAAUUAAUUGUUUAAUUUUUUUUGUACAACAUUUUUUUUUUUUUUU